AGUUUCGGCUCUGUGUGAUUAUCCGCGGCGGGUGGUUCGCUCAGUGUGGCGGCGUGCAGCUCCUGCAGGCGUUCGGGAACACAGGCAGAUAUGGAGCUUUUACAGGGUGUUCUGGUUUCAGCCCUCGUAAUAACAGUGCAUGGAUUCUACACAGCCAGUGAUGAUGUAAUAGAGCUCAAUCCCUCCAACUUCAACAAGCAGGUUCUGCAGAGUGACAGUCUGUGGCUUAUUGAGUUCUAUGCACCAUGGUGUGGUCACUGCCAGCGACUUACCCCUGACUGGAAGAAAGCUGCCACUGCCCUGAAGGGCAUUGUGAAGAUUGGAGCAGUAGAUGCUGACCAGCACAAGUCUCUAGGAAGUCAGUAUGGCAUCAGAGGAUUCCCUACCAUAAAAGUCUUUGGUGCUAAUAAAAAUAAACCUGAUGAUUACCAAGGUGGUCGUACUAGUGAGGCUAUAGUUGAAGGAGCCAUGACAGCGCUGCGCUCUCUGGUGAAGGACAGGCUCAGUGGACGUACUGGAGGAUCUGGCCAGAGCAAACAGAGUGGUGGAGGCAGUGGAGCAGGAGAUAAGAAGGAUGUAGUGGAGCUGACUGAUGAUAACUUUGACAGACUGGUGCUGAAUGGAGACGAGGUGUGGAUGGUGGAGUUCUUUGCUCCUUGGUGUGGACACUGUAAAAGACUGGAGCCAGAGUGGACUGCAGCAGCAACAGCAGUUAAAGACCAGACCAAGGGCAAAGUGAAACUUGGUGCUGUGGAUGCUACUGUGCACCAGGGCCUGGCCAGUCGUUAUGGGAUCCGUGGUUUUCCCACCAUUAAAAUCUUCAGUAAAGGAGAAGAGCCAGAAGAUUAUGAAGGAGGAAGAACACGGGCCGAUAUCGUGGCUCGAGCCAUGGACCUGUUCUCUGCGAAUGCUCCUCCUCCUGAGCUGCAUGAGAUUAUUGACCAGGAUAUUUUCAAGAGCACCUGUGAUGACAGCCAGCUGUGUAUUGUAGCAGUGCUUCCUCACAUCCUCGACACAGGUGCAUCAGGUAGAAACAGCUAUUUGGAUGUGAUGAGGAAGAUGGCUGAGAAAUAUAAGAAGAAGAUGUGGGGUUGGCUGUGGGCUGAGGCAGGUGCUCAGAUGGACCUGGAAUCAUCUCUAGGCAUCGGUGGUUUUGGUUACCCAGCCAUGGCUGCCAUCAACGCUCGAAAAAUGAAGUAUUCUCUGCUGAAGGGCUCUUUCAGUGAGACGGGCAUCCACGAGUUUCUCAGGGAUCUGUCAGUUGGCCGUGGGUCCACUGCUUCAAUUGGUGGUGGAGCACUACCAAAAAUCAGCACUGUAGAAGCUUGGAAUGGCAAAGAUGGCCAGCUUCCAGUUGAAGAAGAUAUUGACCUCAGUGAUGUAGACCUGGAUGAUUUAGGAAAGGAUGAGCUGUGAGAACCUCUCGAGUUUCUUUUAAGCUGCUCUUUCUAAUUCUUAGUCUUUUUUUAUACUGGUUAUCCUCUCCUAUGGAAGAGGAGCACAUAUCCCCUAUGAAGCAGAGGUAAAACACUCCUCUGUAACUAUGGUUUUGUUUUCUGAUGGAGUGGACCCUUUAUACACUGGCCACUCAAUGGAUUAUGUACUUAGAACUAAAUUGGGACCACUGAGGCUAGAGAUAUACUUGCUGUUUGGUCAUGUGUUUGCAUAGACAAACUAUCUGCACUUUCUGCUUGUUAUAGCAGCAAGGAUACAUCAUACACAUGCAAGUAGCCAACAUUUCAGAACUAAUUUGAAUGCUGCUGAGUGGAUGAUGCACUGUCCCAAGCAUUUCUGGGUUUACUGCACCUUGCAGUACACAUACGGACAAUGCAGCCGUCAUGCAAACAACAGAAUGUAUGGUCAGCAGCAGGUAUAUCUCUAAGCUAAAAGGCAAUGAGUACUAGUGAAUCUUAAAUUAGAGUAUCAUUAAAAUUUUACUUUUAGUAAUUCAGUUCGAAUGUGAUUAUAUUAUAUUAUAUAGAUGUAUUACAGAUUGAUCUAUUUUAAGCAUUUAUUUGUUUUAUUGUUUGAUUAUGGCUUACAACCAAUAAAAAAAAAACAAUUGGUACUUUUGGCAGUGUACCAAGUCCUGCUGGUGAAUGAAAUCUGCAUAUACAUAAAAGUUGUCAGUAGAAUUAAGCAUGACGUUCUGUAAGAUUUUCAGGGAAAACACUGAACUCACUUUUAUUGGCUGUAAGCCAUAAUCAUCAACCGUAAAAGAAAAACACUUAAUGUAUAUCAGCCUGUUUCACAUUAUGAACUGAAUUACUUAAAAAGUAAUUUUUCUAUAUAUAUUUUUUUGAGAUGCACUAGUAUGUUUUACUGUGCAUUUCUCUACCUUGAAUUUGAAAUCACAAACGUAAACCUAUAUAAAGACGAUGAGCGCUCUGUCAGAAGUGAUCUGGGACAAGGGAAGAAUGUAAUACUGUCUUCUUUGUUUUGUACAUGGUAUCUGUUAGCUUUAAGAUAAAAAAAUAAAUAAAAGUGUUUUGGGGUAAAACUAA